CUGCCCAAUCUCUUCCACCAAGCCCGUCAACAAGGCGAUCGGGUCCUGGAUCCUCUCUUGAACUUCAUCCCGAAUUUCCAGCACUACAGCGAUCCCCUCUACUACUCUUUAGCACUCGACUGGGUCGUGACCCGCGUCGCCUUCUUCGCGAAGAAUGAGUACGCGUUUGGGAGUAGCUUUAAUGUCUUCUCGCCGUACGCGAUAGGACGGGGAGGGUAUGCGGCGGGUUCGGGAGCGAAUGCUGGGUUGAGCCCGCCGAAUAUCUUGCAAGAUUAUUUUUAUAUGGUGAAGGAGUGUUAUAGUAUCGGCGACAUGGUGGGCGCGUAUCAGGCGCUUAAUGACUCUGUUGGGAUCCUAAGCGCUAUUGGUAAUGUCCUGAGGAGCGAGAAGGGAACUUCGUAUAGUGACCAGCUGAUGUACGAGUACCAAUCGACCCUCACGCCAUUCUUCUCGUGGACGGGUGAUUUGGAUCCUAGAGGGACUUAUUUGCUGUUGAAGGCGGCGUAUCGGGCGAGUAGUGAGGAUCCUGGGACGGUGGUGCUGUUGUGUAAUAAUCUUGGUCCUAGAGAUGCGGAGGAUGCGAGACAAGAGGCGCUACGGAAUAUGGUGAUGUUUGGGGAUCGGAUUGCGGGGGAUAUUGCGCAGUUGAUUCCUUGA